UUAACAUGGUUGCUAUCUUUUAUUUCUGUGCUCAUUUAGUACAUACAGUACUCGUACUUGGUAGUGUUACCCCGUACAGAGUACAUAGUAUAUAUUGUCAUAUCUAUACCAAGGCUAGGGUCUGCCUCAUACAGCGUAACAAUGAAGAAUGCUUGGGGGCCUUGGACGUGCCCAGCGGCGGUACUAGUGGACUUAGUAGGGGCAGAGCAAAGCGGCCAAGUUCUACGACGGUUCGGUGCAGACGGACACUUCAGCCUCCUCAACUGUGCCCGCCGACGCUCGCCAAUCAACGGCCCCGCGGCAGAGAGCCUCAUUAGUGGAGCCUCUUUUUGGCCUAGUCUGGUCGGGUCGGCCUCGUGGACGUGGCAUUAUUCCUCUUGCUCGAGGUGGUUGUCCCAGAACAGAAAGAACGAAAGGGCAGGCCGGCAAGCACCACCUCCAGCAACAACAAUCCCAGCUGGGUUGUUUCUCCCCUUACCUCCCUCCACCCUCCAUCCUCCGCCUCCUUCUCCUCUUCCUCCUCCCUCCCACAUCGGAACUGUCGAUGAUCAUCCCCUGUCCAUAGUAGGUCGGUAGGUAGGCAGAAAUCUCGCUUUCCUCCACCCGGAUUGAUGGUGGUGGUGUUGUCCCUCCUUCUCCCCAAUCUGUCUUCGGUGCUCACCCCACUUUGCUUGCCUGCCUACCUGCAGUGGCGCGCGUCUGGAGUCAGCGUCAUUUCCUCCGUCUCCUCUGUCAUCCUUGGAAUUCCUUUCAGUCUCCGAUCAUUUUUGCUUUCUCGUCGGGGGUGGGCACCC